GUCGCCGUCGCCGAGAGAGACGUCGGCCCGUCGUGCCUCCUCGUGUUUUCAGUUCCGACCGAACGACGGCGACUAACGAAACUACGGAAAAUCCUUCCGUGAGGGAAGCUUUUGCUCUUGUUUCGUUCUCCUUCCGGCGUUUUGCUCGGCACGCGGCCUCGAGAUGCCUCUUCGCCGGUAGACGCACCGACUCAAAAGGUGGGAGCACGCGGGAAAGCAACAGUGUUUAGCGAUACAAGCCCGUGGAUACGGUGCCGGUUGUCAAAGGGAAGUUACUCUCGUUUGGAACGUUCCUUUAGUUAGAAUACACCGGAGUACGCUGAGAGCACAGUGACGCAGGAGCUUCGAUUUUGGACCUGCAAGGCGUGGUGGCCAGGAGAAGAAUGUAGUUGUUCGAACACAGACAUUCGUUUUGUAUAUUCGUUGGAUUUUAUACGUUCUGUGUAAAUUAUUGAAAAUAUGCGAGUUGCCUUGUACGAACAAAAGGAGUACAUUAGAGGGAAUCGAUGAAACAAAUAGUGGUUUCGGUGGGUAGUGUCAGUGGCCGUCGCCAACAGGUUACAAGAGCCGAUGAGUAUUUCGAGAAAUAUCGGGAGAAGUCGUAAGAGGCACUCGUACGAUCCGCCUGUUUGUUGUUGCGGAGAAUGAAGAAGAAGUAUAAAAAUAACUGUCCCUGAGUUCGAGCUGAAAUGCACAACCGCCUGACCCCCACGAACCAAGUUAUUCGAUUUAGGGGAGUGUACUACGUUGCAACGUGUAAUCGCGAGCAACGAUCGUAGUGAAUCAAAGUCGAGACCCGCGCUUUGGCAUUUUCGUAUUAAACGCAACUACAAAUCCACCACGUGCCUUUCUCGUUGUCAUCUCGACGGUUCGUUUCCCCUUCUCUUUACGAUUAAUCCUCGCUCCUUUCGCUUCUUUCCUAGACUUACAUAUACACGUACAGCCAUGAUAUCCGCGAUUCUUUCGUUUCACCCGCUUCGCGUUUCCGCAACCAUCGUGGAACAGGUGUCAGCGUUCGUGGAAUUCGAGCAUUCGACAAUGGCGUUCUACCACUGAACUCGUGGGAUCGACGUCUAUCGUCGUGGAGACGCACAGCACACCCAGAGAACAUUUCCCGAGAUACUCACUCAACAACACUUUGUGGAAAUGUCCGCACAAUGCGCUUCUUCGAGACGUCUACUGUUCAUUCCUCCGGAUGUAGAGAAGUUUGACUUCGAGCCGACGAGGUCGAAGCUUCUCCGAAUUUUCAACGGAGAAUCUACCGCCGAGAAGGUGCGAUCGUACGGGUCAACGUUGUUCAGACAGUUUUCCGAUUUCUUCAAAGACAACCGAGUGUCGAGGUACUCGCGACACGUUGUCCUUUGGCUGUCUUAGAAAGCAAUUCUAAAUUAGCUAAACGAAACAACAAAGGAGAAACGAAGAAAAGUUUAGAAAAGAAAAUUAAUUAGGGAAAAUUAGAGCGAUUCGAGGAACCAAGGGAAAACAUGGAUCAUCGGUGAAGAAAAAGAGGGAAUUCUCGUGCACAAACGCAGAACGAAAUCGUCUUAGAUCAUUAACACGACGUUUUCCAGAUUUCUGGUGCCCUGUUCUGGAAUUCGUGGGAACACCAUUCGUGUGGCGCGUGCUAUAUCAACUAUAAAUAGAUGUUCUCUCGCGUGGAUUGUACGUCUUGAGCCAGGGCAGACAUCAGAGGUAUAUACAGCGGAACCUCGUGUCACGCACGUCGAGACGACAUUUAGGCUCGACCUUCUCUUGUGUCCUUGGAUCAACCGAGAGGAUGAACCAUAUGUCACUUGCUACAGCCUGUUUCGAUCUUUAGAUACAUCUAGGUAGACGAGUAUUGGGUCCAAAAAGGAAGUCAAACGAAGACAUCCAGCCUUCUCGUAAGGCGAACGUAUCGACUCUGUCCACGCAGCUUCGUAUGCGAAUUUUGUACAACAACAACACCAAGAAACAACGAUACUCACGCGGAAGACGCAAAAGUAAUUUAGCGUAAUAGAGGGGUGUUCCUCGAAGUAAAAGGCAAAGGCACACACGUCACCGUUAAGUGCAACUGACAUUAUACUUUGUGGCCACUUUUCUUCGUUCACUAUCUCCUCUCAUUUUUUGUAUCUACGCAAAGGACUCUAGAAACAAAAAAAAAAGGAAAAGAACAUCAAUUCGUCGUCCGACUAGCAACGAAUCUUCUCCUUCGUUUUCUUCUCAUUCUCUUCUCUAGUCGUUCUUUAGGGGAAACAAAACAGGGUUUACACACUGGGAACGAAUUGUGACGAACAUCGCCGAUAUUAGCUGGUGCUUCUCUUUGUCAUCGACGAUCAUUAUGCUCAACUCGUGCUGUGCUUUUUUCUACCGUGCUUGUACGCAUGCUGCGAGUGUUUUUUCAGUGCUGUAGUGUUACACGUUAAUUAUUAAAAGCAGGCUUAACGAGCCUUCGAUCGAACGCCAAACGUCUCGUCGGCCCAGGUACCUGGGAAUAUUCCUGCGAUGCCUGUUAGACGAGGUCACGUGGCGCCCAGGACAACGAUCAUCGAAACUAUCAUCAGGAAGUUCGAUACUCACGAUCGAAGUUUUUUAGUGGCCAACGCUCAACAGGGACUAUGUCACAUAAUAUAUUGCUCGGACGGUUUCUGCCGGCUGACGGGGUUUUCGAGGGCGGAAGUGAUGCAGAGGCCAGCGAUCUGCGACUUCCUUCAUGGGCCAAUGACGUCGCCCCAUGCGGUCGCAGCCCUCCGCGACGCCCUCGCCGCCGGCGUCGAAAAACAUUUCGAGAUCCUUUACUACAGGAAAGACGGCACCAAAUUUCUGUGCAGCGAGGUGAUAGCGCUAAUAAGGAGCGAGGUGGACGACAUCUGCUUGCAAAUUAUAAAUUUCGAGGAUUUGAGCUCGCAGCCACCUCCGCAGCCUGCAAUUCCGCCCCCAAGCCAGACCAACAACAGGCUCGUCACACGCUUCGACAGGGCAAGGGCGUCCUUUCGUGCUGGCCUCUCCAGGACCGGUGUCGUUGGUCCACCAAGGGUCAGGAAUCGACCGAGAACCACGACCAACUUACCUCAUCGACUUGCUGACGGGACCAUCCUCGACGAGGACGCCUCUGAGAACUGCCCACUAACAUGUGGUUCACCUACAAUGAUGGAAUCUUGGGGUCCCGGGAGGACUGGCACACCCCCGCCUGCUCUUCCACCCCCGCCAACUGGGAGCAACAAUGGUGGUGCAACGUCUGCAGCAACCGCAAACGUUGCACAGCCCAGCACAACCGCGCCGAUUGCCAGUCCCGAAGGGGUCAGCGAUGUGUCCCAAAAAUCCGGAAUUUGGGAGGGGGCGAACUUCUCGUCGGCUGGAGGCGCCGAGGGACCUUCUCGAAGCGUGUCGCACGCAGCCAGUUUGGACGCGAUCUCGAGGAGAGCGGUGAAACCGGAAACGACGAGGGCGCCGUGUCGCAGCCUCACCUGCAGCGUUUUAGCGGGCCGAGGGAGCGAACACGUCACCCUCGAACGACGGCCAGCGACAGUCGAUAAUCUCACGGAAGCAACUAAACAUUCGAAAAUCUUUCCUGGUGUUGCGUCCGAAAGUGACUUGCAAAAAUGGCGGACCAAAGACCGGAAGUCGCCAUCCCUCAGCCAGAUAGGACCCGAUUCCAUCAAACACAAAUUUUCCUUGCAGGACAAUGGAUCUGCGAAAUACUUCCAAGGAGCCAUGCACACGUCGAACAUGGGGGAAAAGGUAGCCCAGGUGCUGUCCCUUGGAAAUGAUAUCCUCCCAGAGUACAAAUUACAGUCACCUAGGAUCGGCAAGUGGACCAUAUUACACUAUUCACCCUUUAAAGCGGUCUGGGACUGGGUGAUAUUGCUGCUCGUAUUGUAUACCGCUAUAUUUACACCGUACGUCGCCGCCUUCGUCCUGUCGGAUCCGGAUUACAACAGCAGGAAGAACAAAAAGUACAGUGACGAUCCCAUCGUCAUCAUAGACUUCAUAGUCGACGUCACUUUCAUAGUGGACAUCAUCAUAAAUUUUCGCACGACUUUCGUGAAUAGCAACGAUGAAGUGGUGUCCCAUCCUGCAAAGAUAGCCGUCCAUUACCUGAAGGGUUGGUUCAUCAUCGACCUAGUGGCCGCUAUACCCUUCGACCUUUUUCUCGUUGGCUCUCACACUGACGAGCUCGGCUUGGACAAGGACGAGACGACCACCUUGAUAGGACUAUUGAAGACUGCUCGUCUUCUGCGACUCGUCAGAGUAGCCAGGAAAAUCGACAGGUAUAGCGAAUAUGGAGCUGCGGUUUUACUCCUUUUGAUGGGCACCUUCGCUCUUAGUGCCCAUUGGAUGGCGUGUAUAUGGUACGCCAUAGGAAACGCUGAGAGACCAACGCUGAAGAGCAAAGUCGGUUGGCUCGAUAUUCUGGCCAACGACACGCAUCAGUUUUAUUUUCACAACAACACCGGAGGGCCGAGUAUAAGGAGCCGCUAUAUCACAGCACUAUAUUUCACCUUUAGUAGUUUGACAUCAGUGGGCUUUGGAAACGUGGCUCCAAACACGGAUGCCGAGAAGAUAUUUACUAUAAUCGUUAUGCUAAUCGGAUCUUUGAUGUAUGCCAGUAUCUUCGGUAACGUCUCAGCGAUCAUUCAGAGGCUUUACAGCGGUACAGCAAGAUACCAUACGCAAAUGCUUCGAGUUCGAGAGUUCAUCAAGUUCCAUCAGAUCCCUAAUCCGCUUCGUCAACGGUUGGAAGAGUACUUUCAACAUGCUUGGACGUACACGAACGGAAUCGACAUGAACAGCGUUCUAAAAGGAUUCCCCGAGUGCCUUCAGGCGGACAUCUGUCUUCAUUUGAAUAGAAAUCUUUUAAACAACUGUAGAGCCUUCGAGGGUGCCAGUCCUGGUUGUUUAAGGGCGUUAUCAUUAAAAUUUAAAACGACACACGCACCACCCGGUGAUACGUUAGUUCAUCGAGGAGACGUGUUAACGUCCCUGUACUUCAUAUCGCGCGGCAGCAUAGAGAUAUUGAAGGGCGACGUUGUGAUGGCAAUCCUGGCCAAGGACGACAUAUUCGGGGAGAAUCCUUGCAUAUAUCCGACUGUCGGCAAAGCGUCUUGUAACGUGCGUGCGUUGACGUACUGUGACCUGCACAAGAUACACAGGGAUGAUUUACUCGACGUUUUGGCUCUUUAUCCGGAGUUCUCCAAUCACUUUAGCCAGAAUCUCGAGAUCACUUUUAAUCUGAGAGAUGAGGAACAGGCUGGUGUUGAUCCAAUAUCAGCAAGGUUUCCCGUCAGUACUCCAACGGACGUCGAUGUCGACGCUAGGAGAUUCGCUUUCCGUCCACCAAGAUACCGUCGAGGACCCGGUGGUCCUGGCACCAAUCUUAUCCCUACUGGUCGACAAGACUCUUUACAGGGUGAUCAGGAAGACUACGACAAAGGGAGUGGUCAUGGAAUUCUGGAGUUCAGUACCGACAAAGCCGGCCAAGACGUGACACCAUUGAACCUAGAGUUCGACGAGCCAAAGCAAAGAAGUUCCACAUUGAACUCCAUAACCGGCAUGCUAACCCAUCUCAAGCGCAGCAUACCGGACCUACGUCAGCACAAGAUCCAUCUUCAACCACUGACGAGUCACGAUUACCUUGCCAAGCAGAUGACCACGCCGUUGACGAAACCAACACGGAGAAGCUCAGCCGCCGGUGAAAGCUGCCUCAGCCAAAACGCUGUGCAUCCAACCUCGACGACAUCCAGUCAUUAUACCACGCCAUCGCCACCGCAACAUCCACAAUCUCAUGGUGACUUUCAAAGUGGACCAGGCCGGCCUGUAGAAGAGAUAAACGCGAGAAUAGACCAACUAUCGCGACAAGUGACCUCACUGGAGCAUUCUAUGGGUGAGGACAUCAGAUUGAUUUUGAAUCUGCUACAACAGACGCUCAAUUCAUCGAGGGAAAGUUCCAGCAUCGAGAUGAUGCCUGGAACCACCUCGGCCGGGCUGUCGAAAAGUAGUAGAGCUCCAGCAUUAGUCCAACGAUCGGCCAGUGAACCGCAACCGCCGACAGGUCCGCCGUCGAACAAUGGAAAUGGAAAGCUUCAGCCUAGCACGUCUCACAGUUUGUUUAGCUUUCUUUCGAAAUCCCUGGAUCAGUUGCAUUUGAUUUCGACGUCUUUUAUUUUGGAAAGGUUGGACAAGUUCCGAAGUCGGCCUCCAACGAAGGAGCCAGCGUCAACGUCCUCGGGUACGUCACGAUUGACAGUCACGUCGGAUAGUUCCGCCCUGGCGACGGCCCUGCAGACAGCGUUGAGAACAGCACCCACAAGGUCACAGAGCCAACCCGUCGAUCUAGCCGUGCCACCACCCACACAACAGGCACAUCUGCCGCACGGGUGGCAUAGUCAACCUGCUGCAUUUAGGAGAGGAGAGUUCAGGAGUGGGUACAGUUCGUUUAACAAGCGUUCAGAACCGGAAGGGGACGAUCCGUGGAGCUGCGUGGUGUCCGUAUCGGAUCGAGGAAGCUCUCAACGUCCUCGAAGCAGCGAGUCUCGAAAAGAACCAACGAACCAUCGUGGUUCCACCGAUCUAGCAAGUAGUCAACGUUCAGAUGGCAGACAACUUACUCGAGAGGAUGGCAUAGGUCAAGCGUCGGGACAACGACAAGAGUCCUCGAGGCAAACGAGCGAAGACAUCUCCUGGGAAUUCACGAUAAACGAGGCGCCGAUCGCGAGAUUAGAAUCGUUGGACGAACUCGACCAGGAUCACGGUAGUUAAGGCCAAGGUUUCCCCUUCCUUUUUGAAGUAAUUGCAGCUCGCUUACGACUGAAACGCGACGCGUUGUUGAGCAAUCGACAACAUAAUGAUUCUAAUGAUUCAUUCGGAUGGCUGUGGACUCCUUCCGUUCCCUUUUGGAGGAUCUAGAAAAUGUGGCGCCAGGAUAGAAUACGCGUCCGCCGAUCGAUUUUCUCCUGGAGAUUCCUUUUGGCUUUGAUUUGUUAACUGGAGUUGGUUUCAUGUACUUCUUUUAUGGAGUAACUAGAUCACUUUGGAUACUGUGUCGUUGAGCUUGGCAAUUUGUGAUUCGUCAAACUCGAUUUUUGACGAGUGUUGGUGAAUAAUAAUAACACUCUGUUAGGUUAAUGCAUAUGAAACUUUGUUUCGUUUAAGUUUGACUUUGAUGGACUUGUGGAAAUAUAUUUUAUUUUAAUGUCAAUUAUCAAAUAUAUUAAAGAAGAAGAUAUUUGAUAUAGAUUAAGUGUAUUUAGUGUUAAGAAGAUUUGUAAUAAAAAGUCGUAACCUCGUUAUUGGUCAGGAUAAAUGAUCAGAAUGUUCGUGUUAUUCUUUCAUGUGAGUUUUCAUUUAGAAACAAAUCUAUUUUCAGAUUUAUAAUAAGAUUUUUAAUGAAACAUCAGUCGUUGAAAAAGUAUACUGAACAAAGCACGUGGAAAUUAUUUUCAACACAUUUUUUCUAUUAAACUAUUUCAAUUAAAAAGGCAGUACUUCAUAUGCACAAGCCUAAGAGUUUCUUCGUUCGUUCGAUCACUUAUUUUUCUACUUGUAUUAAAUCUAUGUGUUUAAUAUUUUAAGUAGAAUCUUCACGUAAUGUAGCAUUUUCGGUUUCUUCCAAGCUUUUUAUUAUACACUGCGUUACUAAUCGCGAGGCAUUAUUAUGAAUGAUUAGUGACUUCAGUAUUAUAAGCAAAGCACUAUAUCUAUUAUUACACUUGAUCAUUUAUAUGUAUAUGUACAUUCACUUCAAGGAAAAAAGAUAUUUUUGCUCUUUUCUUUUCUGACUAAUAUCACCUUUUAAGGGAACGACACCUAUUCAAACACAAUUUUUACAAAAUUUUCGUUGAAAAGCGACUUAUUUAUAUUCUCUAAAUAUUUUCUCCAACUAGUUUGGCCGAGUUACCACAACAUUGUCGAUAAAUUUGAUGGAAUGAUUAAGAGAAAAUCGAUUGGCAAGCGCACAGCAAUAUCGUCGUGGUACAAGAAGUUUUUAAGUUUGAAAGAGCGAGAAGACGAGAGGAAAGAGUGAGAAUGAAAAGCACGAGCGGCGUUUCAGAAAGCUAUACACGUACAUACACAAAGACACAAGUACACAUACACAGGUACAUAUUACAUAGACGCAAUUAUUCCAUGGUAUCGACACAUUUAAUCCUACCGUUGGAACGUGAACUUACCUUCGAGGUUUCUACCCCGUAUUAACGCUACAUUUCCUUUGAGCAAUUUUUUAAUCGUGUUAAUCGAUAUACACACUCAUCUACACACAUACACAGAUACACAAAUUACUAUGUAUUCCCCUCUUGAAACGAUGCUUUUUUGUUUUGCACGUGGAAAGUUCUCUUUCGUUACUCGGUAACAUCGUGAGGAAGAAUAAAAGAAACGAACAGCGAGGGGAAUUAAAGAAGAAUUAAAAGAAAUAAAAUGAAAGUACAAGAUAACAGGCAGAAGAUCGAUGUUCAUAAAGUAAGACGAAAAAUAAUGUUUAAAGAUACACAAAAAUAAUUAAAGGAGAAAUUACAAUGUGCAGCUCGUGGAGAGAGAGAGAGAGAGAAAGUUUCUUAAAUUUUCGGAGUCCUUCGCGUCACGAUAAAUACACGUAGCUAAGUUCAAAAUUAAGAUUAAUAUCGACUGAGAGCACCUUCUUUUUUUAUUGCUUAUAAGCGACGUUUAAAAAAUAAGAUUAUACGAGGAAAUUAGAAGAAAGCAGCGGGGGAUGAUAAAAAUUGCGUUAAAUAAAAAAGGGAAACAUAGUGUUGCGAUCUUCGGGAGAUAUACGUGUUUAAGUUAAAUAAAAGCAAGGGCAUUGUCGGGGGCGAAUUAGAAAAUGGCUGGUCGACCCAUGACGAACAAUUAGAUAUUUCGGGAGUAAUAAAAGAAAUACAAAGGAUAAUUAAAUAAUUAAAAUACAAUUCUGAGUGCCACCUACGAAGUAAAACUGCAAUGUCCUUUAUACAGACAACCAAAAAAAAUAAAUUAAUAAAUAAAUAAAUAAAUAAAACGAUUAGAGAGAAAAAAUACACACGAGGCAAGCGAAAAAGAAAACGGGAAAAUUAAUACGGAGAGAAUUUAGAUAAUGACUAAUAUUCUUACUAUUAUUAUUAUGAUUAUUAUUACGGUUAUUAUUAUUAUUGUUAUAUUAUUAUUAUAUUAUAAUUAUAUUAUUGAUAUUAUUGCCAUAAACGUAGGGAUGAAAACGCAAGCGCGACGGGGGAAGAGGCGAGGAAAAUAUAGUAAAAUAUACCGACGGGUAUAAAAAUGGUGAAACGACUAAAAAGAAAAAAGAGAGAAAAGAAAAUGACAAAAAAAGUCUAAUGAAUGAACAAUUGCCUGCGCAAUAACGGUAUAUAAAUUAUAUAUAUAUACCUACAUGUUAUACAUACACGUGCGUGUGUACGUAUAUACACUGAGCAAUUAUGCGUGCGUCUAUGUCUAUGCGUAUACACGUUGUAAAAAAAUUUUUUACAAGAUAUCUCGAAUUAAUUAAUGCUCGUAAGCGUACGUUGGUUUCUCUUCCUCUCUUUUCGUUCUCGACCUCCCGAGUUUACUUUUUUCACCCCCUCCGGCGAUUUAUCACGCAGUGAUAAGGGUGAAAAGCGAUGAUCGAUGAUCCCCGAUCAUCCCCGUAUAAAUCGUUUUCCACGCUGAUCGAACUCUGAUCACGAUUUUCUUCGAUGUUAUGUUGUUAACGAAGGUGUUAUGGUUCGAUUAUCGAUUGGUAUGACCGUUGACAAUAACUGGAAACUGAUCUCGAAUUAUUUAACAGUCUGAGGAAAAAAAUGAGUAAUAAAUUAUAUUUUUCCAGUCAGAAUAAAGCAUCGAUCUAAAAAAAAAAAAAAACCCCGGAAAAUAGAUGAUCGAAAUUACAUAUCACUUCAAGUGAAUAUAUUAAAUAUUGAAUUUAAUUCAAAGCAAUAUUUGAAUUAAUUAUCGAGGAACAAAAGGAAACGCCAUUGAAAUUAAAUGAAAGUAACUAAAUUUGAAAAUCGAAAUUUUCAAAAGAAAGUACGCAUAUAUUAAAAUUGUAAGGAAUGAAUGUGAAAGAAAGAAUGGAUUGCGUGAGGUAAAUUCCGAAUGCGAUUAUGGGAAAGGGGAGGCUCGAUCGAGGAUCAUCGAUCACAGAUCUAUUCGUUCUUUGCUCAGUAUUUUAGGCUGUAAAUGAUACCGAUACAUUCGAUGUAACGAUUAAAUGACUCGUAGUUACUUUGUAACGAGAGGAGCAGCGACGCAGCGCUAAUGAGAAGCAGCUUUUUAAUUACAAAUAGCGAUUAUCUUUGAUUAUUAUUACUACCAGUAGUACACGCAGCACACGUGGAUUUUCGCACUUAGGUACACGGCGAAACGAUACGGAUUUAUUGUUCUUUAAAAAGAAAAUGCAAAAAAAAAAAAAGAGAGAGAGAAGCAACAGAUGUUCGACAAAUGGUCCAGAAUGAGGGCAACAGUGAUCACUUCAGGAGGAAAAAAACAACAGUUCUCGUUCGUUUCUUUUCUAAUCAACAUGUUUAUACGAAUUAAUAUACACAGAUUUAUUAUAAAAAUCCUAUUUUUUGAAAAAGUAUGGAUAUAAUUGAAUGUUUUCAAUUCUAAGAACGACCGUUGAUUAUUUUUCAAGUAUCACCGAAUUUUUGCUAUUUUGUCACACUAGAUGGGAAUUUUUCUGUUUAAUUUUAAACGAUUUCAUUCGAUCGAGUGAUGGACGAAGAACGACGCUUAACAAAAAUUUAUCCAAGUGUGUUGAACGAUGAAUGCACAACGAUAAGUAGAAUUUUAUUUCUAAGGAUAACCAGCCUGUCAAACGUCGAAAGUGUCUACAAGAAAAAAAUGCCUGUUCAUUUUCAAAUCGUUGAUCAAUGUAUCUGUCCAAGAAUGAAGAGAAAACAGUAAAAAUUCUCUUAUGUUUCUUAGAUCCGAUUUUUCUUUACCAGCCGUUUAUAAAAGAUGCGAUCGUCGACGAAAUUGAUGUCGCUGAAAGAGUCGGAUACCAAAAAAAAAAAAAAAAAAAAAGAAAAAAGAAACGUCCAUUGCAUCAUCUUAAAGAAUAUUCCGCGAAGAUUUCGUUCAAAUCGCCAGAAUUCACUCCAUACCCUUUCGAACAUCGAAUUUUUGCGAAGAUUUUUUAGAAAUAUCACGAGUGAAUAGCAAUAAUUAAAAUAUUUCGACGAUGAAAUAUAUAAGAGACUCGUGCUGUAUAUCUUUCGAAGAAAUUUUUUAAUUAUAAUGAUACAACGGUGAGAAAAAUCAUUCGUUUUUCUGAUUGCAAGAUGUCAACACGUAACUUCGCCAGCAACUCAAACUCGUUUUCUACAUUUUAGGAUAACGAGAGUAAGUCGUGAUAUUUGGAAAAAUACGGUUGUAUUUGUUUAGAAAACGAUCGACUCAAUGAUGCAAAACGCGAUGAUUCCCAAUAGAGAUCCGCUCUUUUUUUCUGACCGCAAGAAUAUCAAAACCGAGAGAAGCAACAGAAGAAGAAUAGGGACGAUACUUGCAGCAGUGUUUCAUCUUUCUUCUGGCAAAUUUCCAACGCAAGUUUUUGCUUUGUACUUUUUAAUUCAAGCCUUUUGAGAAGAAGCUUCCAAAGUCGAAAUAAAUUAAUAAAAAAGGCACGAAAGUUUGCGUUAGAAAUUUUACGAGGAAUUAUCAAACCUAUCCAAGCUUGACUUGAAACUUCCCCAAAUUUCAAUUCGAAUUGAAAUUCUUCAAAUUCCUUAAAAUCGACCAUGGGAUUAAACAAGUUGCACGAUGUUGAUCCGAGAUUAAAAUUCGGACGACGUCGCGUUCGUUUCUCUUUGAGACCAUCGUAAUUCCCUUCACAGACGUUUGAACUUAUCGUCACUUCGUCCUUCGUCAAACCUGUUUCCUUCAGACUGAGAACGAUUUUUAUCGAAGGAUAGGAAUUUUUGGACCGGCAGUCGUCGCACGAACGUCUUCGAGUUUCUCGAUUGAAAACAUUGAACAUUUCCGUGACGACCAUUAAAUGCAGCUGAGUAAGACUCGAUGCAGACGAAUGAAUUUUGUGUCGCAGUACACUGCAUUAUAUGGAGAAACAUACGUGUAUUUUAUUAUAUAUCAUAUCGUGAAUUUUAUUACAUAUAAUUCACUUAAAGAUCCUGGUUAUCAUCCCCAGAAGUUAUUUACUUAUUUGUUAACACUUUGACUCUCCCUUUGACUAUAAAAUAUUAUACUACUUCGUCGUAACCACAUUUAUCUUCUAAUUUUUCAUAAUACUCCAAAAAGAAGAGCAAUAACAAUUCGAUAAUAAUUUGCUGUUAGUCGUAUCUCUAUAGUAUUGCAUAGUCGGAUUUUUCUCCUAACUUCUAGUACUUCUAAUUUCUAGUUUCUAAUAAAAAAAAAAAAACGCUACAACACACGCUUACGCGACAAAUAACAAGCUUUACAAGAUCGCAAGACAAACUACGUAUGCCUGCAUCGAAUCUUAUGAAACCAACACACGCAUAUUAUACACAUAAGGACACGUACACAGAAAAUCAUCGAUAAUUAUAAUUCCAUACGUGCGUAUUAUAAAAGUAUGUUCGUUUUUUAUCGAAGCUGCCUCUCGCUUUUGAAUUCUACCGCGGCCGUACCGAGACAGGGAGAGAGAAAAUAAAUUGGGGGAGGGACAAAAGAGUCGAAACGUUCAGAGGGUCGUUGUUCGAGGUAGAUUUCGUGCCAGGACCGAGUUCCAGUUUGUCACGACGUCAGGCUGUGUAACGAGAUUCCGUCAGGAGUGUUUCUCGAUUCGAAAACGAAUUGAUUGAUUCAAUUGAUUUAAUCUUCUCGAGGGAAAUUUUAGAGGUAGGUUACUCGAGGGUUGAUUCUACUUAUCGAGAGGAUUUUUAAAUAAUUUUGGAGACUCGAGAGCGAUUGUAAAGGUUGUUGAAAGUAUUUAAUAGGUAAAUGUGAAAUUUAAUUUUAAUUUCGUGUGCAACGAUACGAUUUUUAUGAUUCAUUUGUACACUUAAAUAUGGAAAUCGACGUAAUUUAUAUACUUUAAAGAUUCAAAGAACGAUAUUUAGGAACAUGUAGCUGAAUUCACGAAAAAUUCUCUUAAUUUGUCGCGUAAAGUGAAAUUUCACUCUUAACGCAGGUCACACGAUUUAAUAUUAUUCUUUGAUUCCAUUUCUGGAAGAACAUUACGCAUUCCUAAAUAUCAAAAUGUUUAUGUUACGUUUAUGUGGGUCCCUUAUAGUUUUCUGUAACAGGAAAAUUACAAAGAAAUAUUCGUGACAAAUAAUUGGGGAAUGUAAGACUUACGACGUGAGAAAUUGGCAAUAAUUCGUUAAACUAUCCGUGCCAGGUUCGCAAUAAUUUAGUGAUAAGUGUUCUCGAUGGAACGUCAAAUGUGAUAGUACCGAAAAAGAUUCUCUAGAACCUCCCGAGUAAUUUGCAGUUUUAUUGCGACAAUUAAAAGAUAAAUCGAUGAAAAUGAUCUCGAGAAGAUAAUUCGAGGAACACUCGUCGCGAAUGCGUCAUUCGUUUGUAAAGUGGAUAAGAGAAUCUUAAACGAGAGAUAAAGUUAAGAGCAAGAGGAAUGAAAUUUGAAGAAAAACAAAAAGAAGGAGGAGAAAAUAAGCGUGAGAGUGAGAGAGGGACGAAACGAAAUCCUACAUCCGCGGUAGAUGAAUUUACUCGCGUUUUUUCCCAGAUUAUGCAACUUAAGAUUGUUCUGUAUAUAUAUACAUAUAUACAUACAUAUGACAUAAUCUUGGAUCGUAUCGAUUAUAACAGUGAGCGCACUGAUUUGUAAACACGUAACAAAGAGAGAAAAAGGAUUUGUUCGUGUGGAAAGGUGAGAAAGCGCGUGCGAGUGAGACAGAGAGAAAGUUGAGUGCGAAUGAAAUAUGAUGAAAGUGGGGAAAAAAACGAAAGAGAGUGUAUGAGAGUGAGAAAGAAACGUGUGAGAGAGAAGACACAAGAUUUUUGUACCACCCCCGUAAAUCAAUUCCUGCUCUUCACCGAGCACCCUCCGAUUAAAAUAAAAUUACACGAGUGUCUUUAUUCUUACCCCUCAUCGACAAAGAUUUCAUGAAUACAAAAAUAUAUGGAGAAUUAUGGAGAGCAAUCGCUUGAAAGAAAAUAUCGCCUCGAAUUUUUUACAGCGUAGCUCAAUAAAAAUGUUCGCAUUCAACAAAG